UCUAAGUGCAUAUACAACUGUCACAGCUGUCAAUAAUAUGAGAAGUAGAAUUCGGCGACAAUUUUUAUCUUCUAAUAAUUUUAAACUAAUUUUAAUCGUAUGAAGCUGUUUGAUUGAUUUGUGUGUGUCCGCAUGAUCUAUUUAAAGGAGUAGAAUAGUGGAAAGACCUUAGACAAUAUGGCUAGACUGGGCAAAACUGCACAAGAAUUCAUUCAAGAUUCAUUUUCACCUAUCAUCGCUGUUCUGUGUAGCCCAAAAGUUGAAAAUGUCGUAUCAAAGAAUAAUUUGUCUUUUACUGAGAUGUUGCAACCGUUCGCUUCUAUGGAUUGGGAAGGGCAAUUCAAAGAUGCAAGUGGUAAUACAUGUUCUAUAAAGAAUUGGAAAUUAAUUAUAAGAGAUGUGAACUGGAAGCCACUACAGCCCACAGAAGCAAGAAGACAAUUAAAUAAUGCUGUGCUACAUAACUAUCAUGACAAAAUUGUGUCCCUCGAAAUAGAUGGGCGAAAAUUUGAUAUUCCCCAAUCAACACACUGGUUUGAUGCCUGGAGAGAAACAUAUUUGGAAGUACAAUUUCCUUCAGACCAUGAAUUCACCAAACACUUCAUAUCUUGUAUUAUAGUUGGUACAACAUUAGAUGACAAUAUAAUAGAUACUUUUAAUAGCUUGAACCAGCAAUAUGCUAUGUUACAAAAUGUGACUCCUCCAAAAUUACCCAAGUGGUUCAACAACAGUGUGUUAAAGUCUUAUCUCCUUCUUCAUGAUGUAUCUGCUGUACCUAAAGAAAAAGCAGAUGCUGCAUUUGAUACUCUGAAGCAAACAUUUGGAGCAAGCAACUGCUUUAUGUUACCAAUUAAUUCUAAAAGUACAUUAGAUCAGAAUGUGCCAACUGAUCUGUGGGCUCAAUUUGUAAAAAGGUCAUCUCAAGGAAAUAAUGAGAUGUCAACAUCACUUACAAACCUACCCACUUCACCAGCUGAACCUCAACCGACAUUCCCCAUAACUGUAACAAACAUACAAGAUGAGAACAGUGCAGCAUUGUCAGCAAUGAAUCCAGACACCUCUCAUCCACUAACAACUACAGAAACUGAUGUUUAUGAUAAUGCAAACAGCCUACAGACUCAUUCCUUCUCUGGUAGCUCAGAAAGCAUGAAUGUGGCUGGCAAAGGUCUGGAUUACUCAACAGAAGUUCAUGGAACAGCUUUGAAUUCAAAUGAUAUUGAAGGUAUCAAGAAAUUCCUGCAAGAAUAUGCUUCAAAAGCAUUGUUGCCCUAUAUGGAAAAGCAAAUAUCGCAGUUAUCUGAAGUUGUUGCAAACAGGAAGGGUGUGAGUAGAUCAUUGCUAUCAGCUACAAAGCGGUGGUUUGGUACUGGAAAGGCAGGAAGUACUACAGGCAACAGCGCUGUCAUAUAUACAAGUGACUGCCCAGAAUUACAACUACGACGAUUGGGCGACCUAUGGUUUUUAUGUCGGCAAUGGCAACGAGCGUUUGACGCCUAUCACACGGCAAAAAGAGAGUUUUAUGCGGACAGUGCGUGGCUUUGUUACGCCGGCGCGCUUGAGAUGGCGGCCAUCAGCGCGUUCAUGGCUGGAGAUUCAAACCGCAAAACACAUGGCUAUAUGGAAGAGAGUAUAGUUACUUAUCUUAACACCUGUAGGAUGGUCCAGUAUGCAGUAAGGGCGACCUUGCUAUCCGUGCUAUGCUUAAGUGGGUCAGGAUUGCAUGGAGAGGCUGCCAAACAAUUGAUACGUAUGACGUCAGAGGACAGUGAUUUGCGUAGUGCCAUGCUUCUCGAACAAGCAGCACUGUGCUUCUUAUCCGGCCCGGCUUCUAAAGGCAUGUGUAGGAAGUACGCUUUCCACAUGGUGUUGGCUGGCCACAGGUUUUCAAAAGCUGGACAAAAGAAGCAUGCAUACCGAUGUUACAAACAAGCCUACCAGGUGUACGAGAGCAGUGGGUGGCGGCUGGCGACGGACCACGUGCAGUUCGCGCUGGGCCGGCUGGCGGCGGCGCUGCGGCUGCCGCGCGACGCGCUGCGCUGGCUGGCCGCGCCGCUCGCGCCCGCCGGGCACCAGCCGCCGCGCCAGCAGGACGCCUUCCUGCGCGAGUACAUGCUGGCGCACCAGCAAUGGGUGGAGAGCAGCGCGGAGCCUCGCCAGGUCCUGGAGACGCUGCCGCUGCCGCUGGCGCUGGUGCGGGAGACGCGCGUGGUGUGCGUGGGGCCGGCGCCGCUGGGCGCCCCGGGCCGGCGCCCCGCCACGUCGCUGCGGCUGGCGCCCGCCGCCGACAGCGAGGGCCCCGCCGCGCCCGCCACCUGGCGCACCCUCGAGGAAAUGCUCCUACAAGUAGCGCAAGGCUCGGUGCCUAUGAUAUUCAAACCCACCGUAGACCUUUACACCGAUUCCACCGACUGCGAACCGCUUGUGCCUCAAGGAGAACCGAUCCAGAUCUCGGUUACUUUGUGGAAUCCAUUGAAGAUUUCUUUGGUUUUAAAAGAUGUAGAACUGUUGUGGCGGUUUGUAGUGACAAGUGACGACACUACAAUUGAUCCUGAAGAAGUACUGAGCAAUGAACAAGCUGUGUCCGCCGGGCAAGCUUUAGAGAGUAAUGUCAUAGUUAGCCAGAAAAUAAAAUCUGUGCUUCUGGAAGGCGAUUGUAAAAAAGUAUUAAUAUUUACUGUCACACCUCUUAGAGUUGGUCGUAUUAGUAUUCAUGGAGUGGCUUACAAACUCAUCAAUACUGGGGAAGGCAGCACUGAAAAUGGCAAUAACGUCGUAAUAUCAGGGAAAGUGAAUCUUGCGUCUGAUGGAAAAAGUCUUGAUAAACGGUUACAAAUCACUGUCAUACCAGAAGCUCCUUGUUUACAGAUGACUUUUUCGGAAACUAGUCCGGAAAUAAUAAGUGGUGAAAUGAGAACUGUUGAUGUAGAGUUCACAAACGUGGGUCCCGUCGAUAUGAACGAUCUCUAUAUUGCUGUAUCCCAUCCUGAUUGCGUCAAUCUCAUCACUGGCGACGAGGAGGAUGAUUUUAAAGUUUUGUACGAUGAAAAGUACCGUGAACCACCGACAUAUUCAGACGAGCGCGCGGCACGCACGGGCAGUUGGCGCGCGGCGGCGGCGCGGCACGUGCGCUGCGUGCGCGGCGGGCUGGCGCGCGGCGCCGCGGCCCGCGCCCGCCUGCAGCUGCGGCCGCGCGCGCCGCGGGCAGCGCUGCAGCUGCUGGCCUACUACACCACGGGCUUGCGCGCGCGCCCCUACCGCCUACUCAGACAUGUCUUCCGCUUCAAAGUGCUCGAAGCUGUGGAGUUAGCGGUGACUCCGCGACGCAGUCUGCGAAAUGUCGAUGGAGAGGUUGUUGAAAAUAUGAGCCUCGCCGUUGAAGUUAAAAAUAUUUUCAACGAAAAGGGCGAGGAUUUAACCGUAGAAGUGUUAGAAGCGUCACUAUUGAGCCGGCAGUGGCGUCUAACAGGGCUCGUUGCAGCCCGGGGCGCAGCUGAUCCACUAACUUCGCGCGAGAAACUGCACUUCGUCCUCCGAGCACGGCGAAUACUCUCAGAACUCCCAGAAGAGAAAGUCGAAUAUACCUGCGUUAAAAUCAAUGAGCACCACCCAGAUGCUGUGGCUAAUAUUAAUGAACCUCCAUACUCUAAAUUUGUGGUUGAUGGCCAGCACUCGUAUAUUGACGCGCCUGAUGCUGCUCUAGCUCAAGAAAUGUCUGGGAAGAGAACAGGAUUGAUACAGUCUAUGUUUGUUCUUCGGUGGAAAGUACAUGAAAAAACCAAUGGCAAGACUGCAGUUGGUCAACAUUGCUUGUGGUUAGAUUGUUUCACUAAAGCAAUAUCUCGAGAAAAGGAAUAUAUUCCUGGAGAAGUUCCUAUGCCGCUUGAUGAAUACGACAGUAAACUAGAUGUACGCGAUACUAACAAAAAUAAAAAAGACAACGUUGUGAUAUUCAGAUUGGAACAUUCCAAUUACAUUAACCAUAAUUUUAAUGAGAUGAAGCUAUGUUUGGUGCCAAUUACUUUAAAUCUUGUCAACUGCUACGGAAUUCCUGUCAAAGUAUUUAUUGAUAUGACCAAACAAAAAAAUAGGGAGUUGUCUGGAGAGUUGGGAUGGGCUGGUGCGCUCAGUUACGGAAACGACGUGGAAGCUAAGGAACUGGGCGUUAGCGUCAAUCUAGACAAGUUUGAGUCUAAAAAAGUACAAGUACGAGGAGUUUGUGCUGCCCCAGGAACAUAUUUAGUUGGUUCCGCCUUUUCAGUCUCCACCACGGGGGAAGACAUCAAUCUCAAUGUUUCAAAUAUCUCUAACAACACAUCUUUAUUAGUAGUUGAACAAGUUGCUUAAAUGUUUAUCUAUUGUUUCUGAAAUUUUCUUAGGUGCUGUUUAGAUUAGAAGCUUUGAUUAUUAUUUAUUUAAUAUUUAUCCUCUUUACGAUUGUAACUGUAUAAAAAUAAGUGUAUGUACUUGUAUUUAAUUUACGAAAGCAAUAAUUAUGGAAAUGUUUCAAUUCUACCUUAUCUAGAUGCUAGUGAGCGAUGUUUCUGACGUCAUAAGAACCUCGUCAAAAGGAAACUUGUUUUACCAUUAUCUUCUGUAACGUACAAGUUGGCAGCGGGCUGCACUGCAGUGAUGAUUUGGAACUUAUAAGUUUAUAACAGCGGAUCUACUGAUCCGCAGUCGAGCGAGACUGACGUCUGCCGCUCUACGACGCGAGACCUAAGUAAUUUCGUAGAAUUAGUAACCAGUAGUGUCGCUGUGACACGUUCUCCGCUGCUGCCUCAUGUCGCCCGCUGGUACAAUGACGUGUCGUGGCGACCUGUCACUGCAGUUAUGAUUUCGAACUAUAUCAGCGGUAGGGCAAAGCUGGCGUCUGCCGCUCGACGACACGUCGCUAGCUUCGUGUCGCUAAUCACGGAGUUAAUUUCACAGAAAUACGUAGAAACCAGUAGUGUCGAUGCUAUACGUCUUCUGCUUCUGCGUCAUGUAGCCCGCUCUCACCUUGUACCUUAACACUUAAAGAUUGUGCAGAUAGUGACUGCUUACGCAAAAAUCUUAUUUUAAAACUAUGUAUUAUCUCAAUAUUCCAUGAGAAAAUUAUUGUUUUAGUAGUCUUUAAAAAUGCAUCGUCGCGUCAUUGAAAAAGAAAAAUACAUAUUAGUAUGAACUGUAUAUUUUAUAUAAUUAUAAUCAACAUUUGCAAUGUAUUAAAAAGUUAUGUUAUCUAUUAUGUACUUACGCAAGUUUUAAUUAUCUUGUUAAUGGUAACCUGUUCAAGUAUUUAAGUUAUCCUUGUAUUAUAUUUUUUUAUAUAUUAAAAUUAAGCAAGUUUAAUGCCAUUGAA